AUGCAGAAAUUGCCCGACAUCCUCAGGCAGGAGGUCGCCGGCACGGGGCUGCUGGUGGUCAACGCGUUCGCGUGGUCGUUGGACCAUCUAGACGACGUGCAUCGCAGCUACGAUCCGCUCAUCGUCGAGAACCCGAAGCUGGUCGGCGUGAAGGCGCUCCGACUGGAGCUCCUUCACCAUGUGGAGAAGGCCGCUCUGAACACAUGGGAGGUGGCGUCGACCGUGGGUCGUGGCGUCGGAACCGGCAUCGCUCUGGCAGGGCGGGCAGGCCGGUGCGGGCCAGCAUCUUCACCCGUCGACGAGCACGGCAACUGCACAACCGCGCGACCGAGUGGCGUCACGGCGUUCCUGGUCGACGAGCUCUUUCGCCCAGCAGCGGUGGCCGGACAGCAUGUCGAGCAGGCCGGGGCGGGCCAGCAUCCCUACACCGCGACGAGUCCGGCGACUGCACAAGACGCGCGACUGGGUGGCGUCACGUCGUUCCUGGUCGACAAGCUCUUGCGCCCAGCAGCGGUGGUCGGACAGCAUGUCGAGCAGGCCGGGGCGGGCCAGCAUCCCCAUAUCGGGACGAGUCCGGUGAGUGCCAGGAGCGUACGACCGGGUGGCGUCACGGCACAGCUGGCCGACGAGUCUUUCCGCUUCGAGCAGCAAGCGACAGGCAUCCUUGGCAGCGGCGUGGUCGAGGCUGCCACAUCAGUGAUCGUGUCGGCGACGGCAGCAGCGCUGACCAAAGCGGGUACUGCCCAGGGGACUGUGUCGCUGCCGCCUCCGCCUACCACGGGUACUGCCAGUGCGGCCAGCUUACCCGUUCAUGGGGCCAUGGUCGGCAUGGAACUGAUCCCGAUCCCUAAGGUUGUUGAGGCUCAGGCGGUCGAGGCUCUAAUCGUUUGGAAGCCAUCGUGGGAUGAGUAUCUGAAAUGGCUCGAGGAUCAGGGUAAGAAAACCUCGAAAAUUCCUCCGCCGCCCAGCAACCAGGCGGUCGACCAAGGAGUAGAGGCAGCGAACGUCACGGGGGCGACUGAAGGGCCGAGCGCCACAACGGAUGAGACGGCUAUUUGGAGAAUGGUGGAAGACAUCCUCGCCAGUAUCGUGAUGCCUGACCCCGAAAUCGAGGUCAUGCGGGAGAAACUACAAGCAGCUGCUCCCACUUUGGGAGUGCAACAGGGUACACCCGCCGCCUCGUCUGCACCUAAGGAGGACCCUAGCCCGACUGGAGCCAAAUCCCCCCUGGCCACAACAGGCGUCCGCGUUGACAAGGAGACGGGGCUGGCCGUGGCGGAGAUGAAGUUUGGGAAGAAGAGCCGCUACAUUUGCCGAUCGAUGGAUAAGUCGGAGGCCGCCUACUGCAUCGCGGUCGCCGUUUCAUCGUUCGACGGCUAUUUGAGCGACGUGAUUCUUGCCGAGUUCGGUGGGGUGAAUGAAGAUGUGAUGGAGCAGUACAAGUUGGAUUGGAAUGUGGCGCGAUUGAUUCCGGGCGGCAUGUGGACGGUCAUGUGGAGCCGAGGCGCAAACGUGCUCCGCGACCGGAUAACCGCCGUCGGCCGCGCAGCUCUCAUGUUGGCUCUUCGUUCGGCGGUGUGGUUCGGCGACCUUUCGGAGUCGACCAAGCCCGAGAAGGCCGCGAAGAAUAAGGCGGCAUGA